CACCACCAUGUCAUGCCACCCGCAAAGGGGCAUGCAGUUUUGUGUGUUUGUCCUGACGACUGUGUUCUCUCCUUGCACUGGCUCCGCCUCAUGCGACACACCGAAAUUUGGCGCUGACUCUGAAAUCUUAGCCACAGCUUGAACGCCUCCGUAUUGUGAGACGUCAAAUCUAAAAACCCCUUUCGAGAUUACGAUCGAACGCCGGCACAAUGAUGAACGGCAUGCGAUCACCGGCUCCUACGGAGGUUAUGGACAUUACGAACAUGUUGAAUAAGAAAGCCGGACAAAUGCAACAACAGCUUCACAACGGCCUCAUGGACCACCACCACCUCGUCAAGCCUGAGCCUGGCAUGGAGCGAUCAGUUUCUCCCCACGGCUCUGAGCACUCGCAAUACUCCACUCCCCACAGCAUGGCGCGCGCCUACCCUUCACCAUCCGCGAUGCAUGCGCCCAUGCACAUCCCCAACCCCAUGCCAACCGCGAUGCAAAUUCCUGGAUACCCUGAUAUGCCCAACAUGGGCGGAAUGCCUAACAUGGGCAUGCAACACAUGCCUCAGCAGCCUCAGCAACCCCAACAACCCGUCAAGGCCUAUCCCUGUAGCACUUGCGGAAAAGGAUUUGCGCGACGGAGUGAUCUCGCUCGACACGAGCGCAUCCACAGCGGCGUCCGACCUCACGUCUGCGACUGGCCCGCCUGCGGAAAGAUGUUCAUUCAGCGAUCCGCCUUGACUGUCCACCAGCGAGUGCACACUGGUGAGAAGCCUCACCACUGCGAGACUUGUGCCAAGCCUUUCAGUGACAGUAGCUCUCUGGCUCGCCAUCGACGAACUCACUCGGGCAAGCGACCUUACAAGUGCCCCUAUGCCGACUGCCAGAAGACCUUCACCCGUCGAACCACCCUCACUCGCCAUCAGAACCACCACAGCGGAACCAUUGAGGAGGCCGCUGCUGCCACCGCAGCUGCGCUUGCCGCAUCAAAGUCUAAGGGCAUGACGCAGGCUCGAUCUGACAGCGACCACAUGUCCAACCAUGGCUCUCCUAUGACCACUCCCUCGCCGGCCCAACGCACUAUGUCCAUGUCACCUAGCGUUGACCUGUCCGGAAACAGCAUCCCCCGCCAUGCUGGAGACUUCCAAUAUCUCCCGCAGAACGGUUCUCUCCCCGUGCACCUUCGCGUCGGUAGCCCUGUCUCGACCUCAUCGGGCGGCUACAAUUCCAUCCGACCUACUUCACAUCCCACUGGCUAUGGCCCCCCUCCCACUCUGGAGCCAAGCUUGGAGCAGCACCAGGGUGGCCCCGGAAGCGCUGGUGGCAGCCCUCACAUGGCCAAUGUUGGCUGGCAGUCGCCUUCCAACGUGGCAUCGCCAUCGCAGAACGCUGCCAGCUACGUCUAUCCCGACCCCGAAGCCUACCCUUCGAACCCUGCGAUGAACCAGAUGUACUAUGGCGCCCCGCAGCACAUGCGACGCCCCCAGAGCGCCGAGCCUGGACUGGUACACAUGGCUUAGGUGGCCGAUCUACCAUCCACAGAGCUUGUGGAAUAGGCCCUUCUCGGCCGGGGCUCCCCAGCUCAACCCAUUGAUACCCUGUAUUUGUUGUCAAAGAUCUGCCCGUCGUUGGGCACGGAGAUUUCAACGGCGUUUGUUAUCGGACUGGAUCCCUUUACACCUCUCAAAAUUGCAUGGACUCGGAAUUACAUGCUCACAGUCACCUAAUACUCCACCACCACCACCGACGCGUGGGCUCACUCCUUGACGGAGCAUGUUCGGAAUGCCAUUUUCCUUUGCUCAUUUUCCUAAUCUUUC